AAACUAAUGACUGGAAGUGACUCAUCAAUGUGUGAUCUUGAAAUCAAAUCAUCAUCAACAUCAUUGACAAGUCACUUACAUGAAUAUCAACAAAAUGCAUUAUUUGCUAUAACUAAUAAUAAUCACACAAGUUCUGUCAAUAAUUAUCAACAACAACAAAAUAACACUAUCAAUGACAGCAUUAAUAAUAAUCAUAAUAAUAGUGGGAUGAAAAUCAAAUCAUCCAUAAAUGAUUGUAUCAGUGAAACUGUCAAGAAUGAUACACAUUCUGCUAUUGUUGUCCAUGAGGAGAAUGAAAAUUCUAGAAGAUCGACAUCUUUGGAAAGUACAUCAAGAAUAGAAGAUUUAUCAUCAGCCACCACUGGUAAUAGUAAUUUUCAAACAUUUCUACCAAUUUCUGCCACACAUGAUGGUCGAUAUGCAUGGCCACCUUCAACCAGGUAUUCGUCAACUAAUAAUGAUCGAUUUAUGCAAAGAAUUAAUGCAACCAGUGAUAAUAGACAAGAAAAUUUUAGAAAUCAGCCAAUAAGCAACAGCAAUAAUAGUUGUAAUUUCAAAUUUGCACUAUCUACAGACGAAGAAAUGAAUCAAAUCAACCAGCGGAGUUUGCCAUUAUUUUCAAAUGAAAAAUUGUUGGACUCUGUAAGAUCUAAAAAUAUCAACAACUCUACUACUAAUACUACUACUAAUAAUAAUGAUAAUAAAGUAGAAUGUUCCUCUCCAAAUGCUAAUAUGGUUGCAGCUGUUGCAUUCAAUGCUGUUCGUAGAUGGUUUGCUAAUCCAUCAACAUUAACCAGUUCCGAUAAUACAAUAAAAUCAAUAUGGAAUGAAAAUAUAAGAACAGGAAAUUGUAGUACAAAUUCCAUUGGUUUCAUGCCUCAAUCGAAUAUAUUACCUAAUGCAUCAUUAAAUUCACGUUUACAAUCGACAUUACCACCUCCAUCUUCAGUAGUGAAUUCAACUAUCGGUAAUACAAUCACAUAUAAUAAUUAUGGAAUGUUUAUGCAUCGUGGACAUCAUAGUAGUGGAUACGUUCCAAAUCACACAGCACCAAUGUUACGUGGCGGUAAGAAACGUUCACAUUCUCAAUCUUCUGUAAAUGAAUUAUUUGAUAUUUCAAGUUUAACAAGAAGUUCACAAGGUUCAUUGAAUAUUAUGCAGUCUAUGCGCGGUUCACAUAGUAUGGGACCAAGUGCUGAAGGUUCAUAUGGUCAUCUGUCUGCUGCUUCACUUGGUGCCAGUCCCGGCGCUUCAUGUGAUAUUCGUCGUACACUUAGUAGUAAUGGCAACUCUUCACAUACCGCUCCACCAGCUCCAUUUAGUGAGAGAUCACCAUUUUGGUCACCUCAUUCACCGCAUUCAGCUGGUAGUGGAUUCGAUAACUAUCAAACAUCUUCACAUAAAUCUUUACCAUUACCUCCAAUUUUACAAACAUAUCAACAACAUUCCGGAUAUACAUCUACAAGUGGUAGCAGUAGUAAUCGUUCAACUAGUGGUUUAAAUCGUGCACCUUUUGGACAUCUCGCAGUUUUAUCUUCAUCAAAUUCAUUCAGUAAACAAAUACAACAACAACAGCAACAACAAUCAGAUUCGAAUUCUCUUUUCAACUGUUCAGUAGAUGUUUCGAAAAGAAUUACAAGUAAUCCUUCAAAUAUGCUAAUACCAUCAUGUAGAAUAUUGGCUUUGCCUACUAACAGUGUUACACCAUCUUCAUCAGAAUUAACAUCAGACUGUACGAAUAAUGUUUUACAGUCGGCGAUGGCCUUCGCUGCAGCUGCAGCCGCAGCCGUAGCAGCCUCUUCCACAACGUCUGGUACGACAGAACGAGAUAAUUCAUCCUUAUUAAAUAAGAAUGCGUCAGAGAAUACUAUUAAUCGUGAAUGUAGAAAUCACAACUUACAUCAAUAUCCAUCAGCUGAAUGUGAGUCCUGUACAUCAACACAUACCAUUAGUAAUAGCAAUAAUAAAUUGUAUGAAUCGAUCAAUUCAAUGUGUAAUAAUCUAGUGCCUUCAUGUUUUUUGAAACCCCCUUCCUCGGCUGUCAAUAAGAAUACUACUACUGACAAUAAUAACAGUAGUAACAGUAUACUUUCGAACCAAAUGUUAACAGAUAACAGAAAUAUAUCUUCAAAUAAGCUGUCAUGUUAUAAUAACGUUGAUCGUAAUGAUAAUGAUGCCUAUAUGGAUGUAAAUAAUAAUGAAAACACCCAACAAGGAGUAUUUAGGAAAACAAAACUUUGUACUCCAUAUCUUCAAUUACCUUCUAAUCAUUCAUCAACAAUGCACAAUCAGUUAACUCACAACAAUUCAAAUAAUAAACCUAAUAACACUGAUGUUAAUAAUAGUGGUAAUAUGCCUUCAUCGUUUACAAAUCCUUUACAUUGGCCAUUCGAAUCAACACCAACACCUGACUGGUCAUUUCCAUGGCUUAAUAAUAAUGUCAAUAAUACUAUAAGAUGUCAACAUAAUCCAAGUGAAACUGUUCGAAGAAAUGGACGAGUAAAAAUUGGACAACCUGAUUUCAAUUCAACGGUAUUAUCCAAAAGUGAAAUGUCUAAAUUUUUACUAAAUGAAAACAAUAAUCGCAAUAAUAAUAAUAAUAAUAACCAUUUAAUUGGUGCAGGAAAUAAUCUUAUAUGUCCAACUUUAACAACAGAUUUAUUAAAACAACACUGUACAAUAAAUAACCCAGAUAAUAAUAACAUUAAUGCUCGUUCAUUGCAUCAACAAACAUCUCAAAGAAAUCAAAUGCGCAAUGUUAAAAAUCUUGGUCGUACGUGUCGUACAACACCAGCAAUAGAGACAGUCGCCCCAACAACAACGGAAGCAACAGCAAUCGCAUCACCGUCAUCAUCAGCAACACCAACUAGCACUGGAGCAUUCAAACAAAAGACAAUUGAACAUUUACAUAAAUGGAAAAAUCAAAAUAUAUACAAUGACCGUAAUGAUUCAACGCACAAUUCCAAUAAUAAUAAUAACCGUGGUGGAGUUGGACGUUGUUCAAUCGACGAACCAGAUGUGGAGGAAGAUGAAGAAUUAGAAGAUGAUGGACGUGUACCACAAGAAGGUGAUCCAGAUUUUGUUGAAACAACAUGUCGAUGGGGUGAUUGUACAUUACAAUUCGACGAUCAAGAUGAUUUAGUAAAACAUCUUAGUACUGAGCAUAUUGCGGGCAAUAAGAAAAGUUUUGUUUGUUUAUGGCGAGAAUGUGUUCGUGGAACUAGACCAUUCAAAGCUCAAUAUAUGCUUGUUGUACAUAUGCGUAGGCAUACUGGUGAAAAACCGCAUAAGUGUAUAUUUGAAGGUUGUACAAAGCGUUAUUCUCGUUUGGAAAAUUUAAAAACUCAUCUUCGAUCACAUACUGGAGAAAAACCUUAUCAAUGUGAAAUUCCUGGUUGUAAUAAAGCAUUUAGUAAUGCUUCAGACAGAGCUAAACAUCAGAAUAGAACACAUAGUAAUGAAAAACCGUAUACAUGCAAAGUCGAUGGUUGUUCAAAACGAUACACAGAUCCUAGUUCUUUAAGGAAACAUGUGAAAACUGUUCAUGGUGCUGAGGUUUAUGCAAAUAAAAAGCAUAAAGGCGAGAGUUGGAGUGAUAGACCCUGUGGUGGAUCUGGAUUUGGCGGAGGACAUCUAUUCGGCAACGGCAAUCUUGGCAAUAGUAAUAACAAUAAUAAUAAUAAUCCUUCUCAUGAUAAACGAUCCAAUGGUUCAAUGGCUGGAAAACGUGUAAGAUUUGGUCCCGGCGGAAUGAAUGAUAACAACAAUGUUUUUCAUCGUGGAGCUUAUACAGAUAGAGAACAACGUCCUUCUUCAUCAUCAAAUACAAGAGAUGGAUGUUUAGCUUGUCUUACAAAUCCAGUUCAUACAACUACAAUGAAUCCUGUAGAUAUUACUACAGAACACAUUAUCACAGAAUAUCAUAAUCAGGAUUUUUCGAAAUUGAAAAGAUUCAAUACACAAGAGUCUGGAAGAAAUACACCACAUAAUAUAAGUUGGCAUUUACCUGAAACUGAUAAUCAAAAUAUACAUUCUAGUGUUUUAAUGAUGACAUCACCACCUGCAGUAUACAACACAAGCAAUGAUUAUUUUUCUAAUUUCAAAUGUGAACAUUCCAUUUAUCCAAAUUAUUUUAAUUUUGCUCGAAAUGUAAUUCAUACAGAAGAUACUGAUGAAAAUAAUAACAAUAAUUUGGUCUUAUCUUGGCCAUCCCCAACAAUAUCAUCAUCAUGUGAUAAUUUAUAUUUAAAUCCAAAAAUAAAUCCAUCCAUCACAACAUUACAACCUGUAACAACUACAACAAAUCCUGUUCAAUCAUUGCCAUUAUCGAUGGACGAUUCAUAUCGUUUGACAAAUAUGAAACAGAAAAAUCUUUUCUCACCUGUUAAUGAAUCAAUAACUAGGAAUGAAAAUUAUUUAACAUCUACAAAACAAAAUCAAAAUGAUCAAUCAUUACCAAUGUACCCUCAUAGAACAUUGGAUCACUUGGAAAAUGAUUCCAAAAAACCCUUGAAAACUGAAGCGAAUCAUUCAACAUUAAACUGGAAAUAUUCACAACAAUCAGUUGAUGAAAUGAAUAAAGAUCAUUGUAAUAAAAAGCAUCCUAUUUCAUUCUUUAAUGAUCAAGAUAUGAAAAAGCCAUUGCCUGAUUAUCUGUCAACAUCAUUAGCAUGUCAACCAAUGUCAACUCAAUUCACUUUAAAUCCAAAUGAACAAACAAUGAAUGAGUUGAAUAGAUCAAUAAAUACUGAUAAUUUCAAUGAUAGAUCAGAUAUGUCCACUUCUUUCAAUGAAACUUAUUGUGAAAAUAAUUUACAGUUUAAUUUUCCAGUGAAAUGGAAAGUUGAAGAUACAUCGGCAUACUUAAAAAAUGCAGAUAAUAAUAAUAAUCAAACAAAGGAUAGCGAAUUCAACGAAAACAUUUCUCCACAUUCAAAUCAUAAUGAAUGUGUUUCAAGUGUACCAUUGUUAAAUAAUCAAUAUAUUGAUGAUGUCAUGGAACAGAAAUCACGAAUUUGUGUACUAGAAUGUCCAACUCAGUUGAGACCAAUGCAAGAUAUUACUUCUCCUAAUGAACUUUGGGAUUCAGAGAGCGCGGCUGCUUCAUCUGGCAUCGGAUCAGGUGUAGCAACUACAACAGCGUCAGAUAACAGUAAUACUACUCAUCAGUAUCAUCAUCAACAUCAACAACAACAACAACAGACAUCGAGACGAUCUCAUCAACAUCAAAACCAAACAAAGUCUAUAAGUUCAAUGAAUAACUAUUCAAAUCAAGACAAUGGUAAUACUAUGAUGGAUAAUGAUGAAACAUUUGUUAAUAAUGAAAAUAUUACCAGUGAUCUUGGUUCUAUUGAUCGAUCUUCUUUAUUAGGAACACCAAGAACCGAUUCAAAUUUCACUGGUUGUUCAUAUGAAGGGACAAUCAAUGUAAAAAUAAAUCAUAAGAAUGAUAAUUCCAUGCAUAAUUCAUGUACUUGUACACAUAAACAACAACUACAACAACAACAACAAAGUGAUCAUUCACAUUCUACUUGUGGUUAUCAUGGAAAUUAUCAUGAUCCAAUAGUAGAUGGAAAUGCAUCAUCUCAAUUAGAUUUAGAACAACUUAGUGCAACAAGUUCACAAAUCAGUAGUGGAGUUGGUUCAAUGACUUCAUCGAAUGCUGGCAGUGGUUGUAAUUGUACAGGGACCGGAUCAAACAAUACAAAUAUAAAUGUAAUGAAUAAUGCUAACAGCAUUAAUGCAAUGCCUAGAUCCAUUGAAAAUGAUAGCUUAUCUAAAUUAACUAAUAAUUAUUCAUAUAAUUCACAAGUAUACAAUGAACAUGAUGAUGAUAAUGAUGACAAUAAUAUAUCAAAAAUGUGGAGGAAAUAUUACAAAUCCUAUGGUUAUCAUUCCCCGUAUAACAACAAUCAAUGUGAAAUAUUUUAUCCUGAAAUUUUCGAUUCUGAACUUGAGGGUUAUUCCAAUACACCAGCAACUGUAUUAAAUGGUCUCCCUUCUACUGUUUCACCUGUUCCACCUACAAUUUCAACACAUCAGUACCAGUCUAAUCUUCAUCAUCAUCAUCGGCAGCAUAGGCAACAACGUCAUUCACAAAAUAAUCCCAACUUAGUCACUUCUAGAUCGAAUCAUCCUAAUGAUGAAAUAAAUUCUUCUCCUCACACGUCUGUUCAUUCAUCAUAUUCGUCUAAUUCAUUAUCAUCUUUUAAUUCAAAUCGUCCACAUUCUGUGGAAACAUUUCCGCAUAAUAAUUUAACAAACCAUAGUUUAUUUAAUAAUCGACGAUAUACGCAUACGUCAUUAUCUACUAGGAGUAAUAAUCAUGAUAAUGAAAUGAAUAAUACUUUGAAUAAAACUAAUCCAAAGAAUGCAUACAAUUUAUGUCUUUUCUCCAUAAAUAACAAUACUAAUAAUAAUAAUAAUCAAUGUGAUAUGAAUAGUAAUUUGAUUUUACAAAGACAUUCUAUUACAGAUGAUCAAUGUCAUGUCAAUCAAACAUGGUUUCCAAAUGAUAAUCAUAGUCAUAAUUAUUGGUCACAUCCAUAUUAUACUAAUCAAUUGUCUGUGGGAAAUCAAAUUCCUAAUUGGUCAAAUAAAUCUACAGUUACGUCAUCAGCAUCAUCAUCAGCAUCGUCAGUACCAACAUUAACCACAGAAGCAUUGAGAACACAUAAUUCAUCGGAUAAUUUAUGCGCAACUUCAAGAUUCAAUAAUUCGAUAGAUUAUUAUCAUGAAUAUACAAAUUUUUAUCAACCAACUACAAAUUCAUUACAACAUACAUUAUCUUCAACAACGUCUGCGACAACUUCUGCAAAACUAAAUUCUAAACUAUCUUGGACAACCAAUGAUAAUCAUUCAGAAAUUCCUAAUUCCAGUCAUUUACAUAAUUUACACAUUCAAUCAAAUCAGUUAUUAUUAAACAGUAAUAAUGAUAAAUUAAUUGAACUAAAUCCUAUGAAUCAAAUAAAUACACAUAGGAAUUGUAGUACAGAAGUAAAUUGUUGUUAUACAAAUUUUCAAAAUAAUACUACACAGCUAGAAAAUAUUAAUCGCAUCAAUAAUAAUGAAUUAUCCAUUUCGUUAACUUCAUCUCAACAAUUUUCAAUGAAUUCAUUCACUACUACAUCAAUAUCAACAACAUCUACACAAAAUCCUUAUUCAUCUUAUCAUUUAAUGUCUACUUCAAAUGUACAUCAUGAAAGAAAUCAUAGAACUGUUGAACAAAUAAACAGUCUACAUUCACCUAAUCCAUUAUUUACAAUAGCAUCAGAGAUAGUUUCUGUAACAACAACCACGACAACAACAACAUCCAGUGUCAACAGUUGUCAGAAUUUAAAAGAAAGAGACAUACCGAAUUCUCUUCAUACAUAUAUUAAUCCAUUUCAUUCAUCUAAUCCAUUGUACAGUUCUUUCUUACAAUCAGUUUUUGAAGAACCAACAUUCACAACAACAUCAGCAGCAGCAUUAUCAUCAUCAUCAGCAUCAUCGGCGUCAUCGUCAUCGUCAUCACCAUCUCCAUCCUUACUUUUAUCAUCGACAUCAACUCAUCUUGGUCAUUUCAAUCAAUUAUUUGUAAAUGCUGAUCCAAUAAGUAAUAAUCUAGUUGUUUGUAAUAUGACAACUAUGGAUACAGAAUAUGCAUCGUUUCAUUCAUACAAUUAAAAAUACACUGUAUAGUUAUUUCAAUAAAUGUGUGAUAAUACAAUACUAUAUUAAUUAUUGAUAACAAUCAUUUUUAAUCUACUGAUGAUAAAUACUGGUGAAAGUGAAAAAAAAUUCUGUCUCUUUCUUUUUUCUUAUCUACUUUUUUUUCUUUCACUUUUACAUUAAGCUGAUUUAUUCAUGAUGAAGAAGUUUUUAGUUUGCAAACUAGUCAGUAUAGUUUGUAGCAUUUCGUCUUUAUUUCAUAUUCCUCAAUAGUAUCAGAAAUAAACUAAACUUCUCUUAUUAAUCAUUGUAUAUUUUUUAAUAUUGAAGCCGGUGUAACUUCCGCACCAUCCAUUCAUACUAACUAAGCACAUUAUUCGUAAAAUGAAAAAAGAGCGCCAUUUUUUUUUAAUUUCCAAUUAUUACUUAUUAUUUGUUUUUAUUGUCAUAGAUACUUUAUUAUCUUUCGAAAAUUAGCUUAUAAACAGUUCAAACAGAACAAGGCAUAUGUAUUUAACCUGCUCAACAUUCAAGUUAUUUGUUCUGUUUUUUUAGCAUUACUUAUCUUUCACCUAUAUUAUUGUUUAUCCGGUCACAUAAUCAAUCACAUUGACUUUCGAAUUUCAUUUUAUUGGUUUCGACAUCUUUGUGAUUUUUUCAAAAGGAAAAAAGCUCAUGUAUACAUUUUAUUAAUAAUGAUCUUUCAUUACUGGUUACUCGGUUAAAUCAAUCAAUUCCCGGUCACUUUGACCAAUUUAAAAUUUCAAACAAUACAGGAUUGUGAAAGUCUGCAAAUCCAAGAAAUAACAAUGAGUAUGAUACAUAUUAUUGAAGGAAGAACUACAUGUUUUGUCAUUCAUACAGUCUGUAAUUACAAAUUUAUUUGUUUAGUUUAAUGUUCAUAUUUUCAUUCAGCAAUCAAAUCAUAAAAUUUUUUUGCUCAUGUUCUACAAAUAAAUACAAACGAGAAUGUAAGCUGUUUCAGUGAGAACAUAUUGGUUUACACACAUUACCACAACAAGAACAGUACUAAGAUGUGUAUGUUUCACACUGUUUUGUUCUGCGAUCUUAGAGCUGAUUAUCAAUAAUUCAGUUUGAAAUUUAUUUCAAUAGAUAUUUAAAUACAAGUAAAAUAGGAUAAUUUUCUUCAAUUUCAACGAUAUAGAGAUAAACUAUUGUGUAUACAGUUGCUGUUCCUUUAAUGUUUUAUUUUUAAUUCAGUAUUGAUCAUGUAUCAGUCCGUUUAAGAUUCAACUGUUCAAUGGAAAUUCAGAUUCCAAUAUAAAAGCUCCAUUUUGUUAUCUGGGGACAUUUAUUAUUUUCUUUCUAAUUUAUACAUUAUGUUCAGUUUAAAAACAUCAUAUAUGUUAUAAAAUAAACGCCAAAAGUUACUAAGUUAUCAUGAGAUUCCUGUUUUUCUCUUUUUUUACUACAAAUUGCCAAUUACAUGACAUUGUUAACGAAUAUCUUAAAGCGAAUAACGUUUGUUGUAAUAUCCUGUAUAAAUAAGUAAACAUUCAGCAAGAAGAUUUGUGUGUUUUUCCAUUGUCUAUUUUAUCUUGUUUUAUUUGCUGUUCGAAUCAAUUCGAAACGCUGUUUUGUUAUGAAUAUAAA